GCAGCCCGAAGAUCUCAACACCACCGCAUGUCUCUCCUACAACUGUCGAGUGAAGCCAAACCGCCUUUAGUUCCAAACUUUUACGCGCACUCAAGAAAAAACAAAACAAAGACAACAAACGCCUUUACGCAUAAUGUUAGUUUGCUGAAAUGCGCGUAAAGCACGCACGCAAGAGCGCACCUCUUGGAGAAGAUGGAUUGUAAGAAAAAGUUAGACUCAACUUGUGCUCCGCACUGAAUCACUCUCCGGGAUAGAGAGAGAGAGGGGGGGUGGUAAUGCCGUGCAAACUUAGAGUGCCUCGAAAAAACUUUUCUUAACUCGGUUCAUGGAGUUUCGCGUCAAGUCCGGAGAGGCUUGUUUGCGCGUUGUGCGUUCAAUGGUGGUGCCAGCUCAGUGCUAGUUUUACGGGAAUCAGGCUCAAAGUUUUCCUCGGACAAAAAGAGAGUGGAAGAGCUUCGGUUUCGAAGUCGAAAGAGACGGCAGCGAAGGUUGUGACAGAAAUUGGAGCACAGCAUGGAGACUUCAGCUCCAACAGCCACUGAGAAGAAGGAGUGUAAAGGUUCAGGUCUGGAUGGAAGCAGCUUCUCAGAAAUCCCAAAGAAGCCCUCGCCCACCACUUUGACCAGAGGUGCCCACCACCUCUUCCCCACGUUUCACACGCCCAUCCCCAUCGACAUGAGACACCAUGAGGGGCGAUACCAUUAUGAGCCACACCCACUCCACGCCAUGCAUGGACCUCCAGGACUGACGGGAAGUCCAGUCAUCUCGGAUAUUUCCUUGAUCCGUUUAUCACCCCAUGCGGCGCCUGGGACGGGUGAAUCACCUUUCAGCCCUCCACAUCCCUACGUCAGCCCCCACAUGGAACACUACCUACGCUCUGUACACGGCAGCCCCACCCUCUCUAUGAUCUCAGCGGCACGAGGACUGAGCCCUGCUGAAGUGACCCACGAACACCUGAAGGACCGUGCCCUAUUCAGUCUCCCACCACCACCACCAGGGGCCAACCCCACAGAGUACUACCACCUGAUGGCCAGCGCCAGCCAGCGAAGCCCCUACGGUGACCUGCUGAUGCAAAGCAGUGCAGCAGCAGCGGCGGCGGCGGCGGCAGCAGCAGCGGCAGCGGCAGCUCAUCUGCCAGACUACAUCAGUCCCGUGGAUGUAUCACGUUUCUCCAGCCCACGGUUGACACCGCGACUGAGCAGAAAGAGGGCUCUGUCCAUCUCCCCGCUGUCAGAUGCCAGCAUUGACCUGCAGACCAUGAUCCGCACCUCACCGAACUCCCUGGUGGCCUACAUCAACAAUUCCCGCUCCAGCUCGGCUGCCAGCAGCUCCUAUGGGCACCUUUCAGUCGGAGGGAUGAGUCCCUCAUUCAGCUUCCCUCCUCACAUCAACCCUGUGGCGUACCAGCAGCUGUUGUCCCAGCAGAGGGGUCUUAACACCUUCGGCCACACACCUCCUCUCAUUCAACCAUCACCGUCCUCUUUCUCUGCUCGCCAACACCCCCUCACUGCAUCAGCUAUGUCCACCUCCCACAACAGCUCCAACUCUGAGGCAAACCAGAAUGCCAGUGGAGACCCAGCAGUGAGUAGCACAGUCAACCCACUGACCACAAAGAGGUCGAAGGUUAAAACGGAAACAGAAGGUCCACUGCCCAUCUCACCGUCCUCUCAGGACCAUGGUGGGGGGAUCUUGGACCUGAGCGAGGAUCUGGAUAAAGACGAGUGCAAACAGGAGCCUGAGGCCAUAUAUGAAACCAACUGCCACUGGGAGGGCUGUACAAAGGAGUAUGACACCCAGGACCAACUUGUUCAUCACAUCAACAACGACCACAUCCACGGUGAGAAGAAGGAGUUUGUGUGUCGAUGGGAUGAGUGUUCGCGGGAGCAGAAGCCCUUCAAGGCUCAGUACAUGCUGGUGGUCCACAUGAGGCGUCACACGGGGGAGAAGCCGCAUAAAUGCACAUUUGAGGGCUGCGCAAAGGCUUAUUCUCGCCUGGAGAACCUCAAGACACACCUGAGGUCCCACACCGGUGAGAAGCCGUAUGUUUGUGAACAUGAAGGCUGCAACAAGGCCUUCUCCAAUGCCUCAGACCGGGCCAAGCACCAGAACCGCACACAUUCUAAUGAGAAACCAUAUGUGUGUAAGAUCCCAGGCUGUACCAAACGCUACACAGACCCCAGCUCUCUCAGGAAGCAUGUUAAGACGGUCCACGGCCCCGAAGCCCACGUCACCAAGAAACAACGGAGCGAUGCACCUCCGAGGCUGCAGCCACCCAAAGGCAACGGGGAGAAUGAGGCGAAUUCCAAGCUCAGCGCAAGAGGUGUGGACGGCAAGAUUGAGGCCAACAGCAACUCUAGAGGAGUGGAGGACUGCCUACAAGUCAAAUCUAUCAAGACUGAGAAUUCUAUGACAUAUCAGUCCAGUCCUGGUGGCCACUCGUCAUGUAGCAGCGAGCCAUCACCUCUAAGCAGCGCCAACAACAACGACAGUGGGGUAGAAAUGGCCAUGCACAGCGGGGGCAGCUUCGGGGACCUCAGUGCACAGGAUGAGUGCCCCAUGGUUGACUCCACUGUUCCUGCUGCGGGACAGCAGGCUGGGAUGGGGCUUCAGUUGAGGAAAGCUGUGAGUCAUGGUGGCGGCGUCACCAUCAAGCUGGAAAACAUCAAGAAGGAAAGGCUGAAGACAGUGAGGGACGCCUGCCCUUGGGUCAACUCUGCACCACAGCCACUGCAGGGCCAACGUAACAGCAUGAAGCUGCCUCCCAUACCUGCAGUCGGUUCCCUGCUGGAAAGCUCCAAUGUGAUGAGUAAUCUAAGCAGUUCGUACCCCAGCCAACGCAUAGGUGACCUGUCUUCAUGUGAAGUAACACUGCUGAACCAGCUAAAUGAGCGCCGUGACAGCACCACCAGCACUAUCAGCUCAGCCUACACCAUGAGUCGGCGCUCCUCCGGUAUUUCACCUUGCUAUUCCAGCCGCCGGUCCAGUGAGGCAUCCCAGUUUGGUGCUAACCGGCACAACAAUAUCAGUUCUGCUGACUCCUAUGACCCAAUCUCCACUGAUCUGUCUCGCCGCUCCAGCGAGGCCAGCCAUUGUGGAGGAGGAGGUGUGAGUGGAGGAGGUGGAGGUGGUCUCCCAAGCCUCCUUAGUCUGACACCAGCUCAGCAUUAUCGACUCAAGGCAAAGUACGCUGCUGCCAUUGGUGGAGCUCCACCUACUCCUCUCCCCAAUAUGGAUCGAAUGAGCCUGAGGACCCGCAUGGCACUCUAUAAUGACUCCCAGGAAGGUUCAUCACACCCAUUCCAUCAGCCUCCCUCUGGUACUGUGCCUCGGCGAUGCAGUGAUAUAGGAUAUGGCACACAGAGCAUGAUGCCUCAUGAGGUACCCACCAACCUUCCACGCCGUGCCAGUGACCCAGUGCGUCGUCCUACACUGGACCCUCUCUCCUUUCCAAGAGUUCAGCGCUAUAACAGCAUGAACAAUAUGAACCCCAUGAAUGGUCCAUCAGCUGAACGCCACCAGGCACUAGCUAUGCAGGGAUACACUCGCUCUGAUGGCAGCCUGCAACGCUACCCAUUUGCCCCCAGACCACCUAGCAUUUCUGAGAAUGUAGCCAUGGAGAACAUGGCAGUAGAUGGAAUGAUGACUGGGGCAGAGCAGACUGGGGAUGAAGAUAUGGUGCUUCCAGAUGAUGUGGUGCAGUACCUCAGGUCCCAGAAUUCUGGCCCCUCAGGUCAUAAUCAGGCACAAGUGGACUACCAUUCCAGCAAUCAGACUCAGGCCUACCAAACAGGCAUGGCCCCACCAGCAUCAUUUUAUACACAGAGGAGGAUGGCUAUGGUGGAUGCCACAAUGACUCAGUCUGGUCAGGACAUGCAAUCCUGCCAGAUGGGUCCCGGUGGUUCCCAGCAGCCCUUCUCACCAGCAUCAGACAACAGGAACAAGAACAACAUGCCAGUGCAGUGGAAUGAGGUGAGCUCAGGAACUGUGGACACCACAACUAAGCUCUCCAAACAACAGCAGCACCCUCUCAGAGGGAAUCUAGCUGUUGUUCAGCAGAGGCACAAUUUUGGUUCCUUGCAGGGACAAGGUCAGGGCCUGGGAAGCAACCAGCAGGUAGUGCCUAUGAGUCAAAAUAUGUCUGUGCAGGGGUACGUGAAUCACAACAGCCAGAGGCUGAUGAACAUCUCCCACCAGCAGCAGCAGCAACAGAGGCAAUGCAACAAUGUGAACUUUGGAGAUCAAAUGAGUCCUCAGCAAGGAUUUGGCCAAGAGGCAGUCCCAAAUUCUAUAUCUGGGAGCACUAGUGUGAGACCUACCCGGAACAGUAUGGCAGAUCCUGAACUGCAGAGUUACAGAGCAAGGACACAGGCUGAUGGGUAUUCUCAUGUGAACCAAGUGGAUCCACAGCAAAAUUACAGUGUUGUUUCUCAGCAGCAGCAGCAGCAGCACAACAUUCAUAAUGGAGGCAGAGGAAUGUUACAACCCAGGCCUCCUACAGAACCCAAGUUGAUUGCCAGACAACACACAGGAUCUAUCAUGAUGCAACCGAGCCGAAUACCCAAGUCAUCUGAUUUGAGCCCCAUUUGUGGUACUGACACCUCGGAGGCAAGUCCAAAGAGGCCCAGUGGGUCAGCAACCCACAACAGCAACUCUGAAAAUCCAAACUCUGCUGUGUUCUACACAGGACAGAUUCAUAUGUUUGAGCCAAAUUCUGUAAACUUUGAGACCCCCAUGUCCCCCUGUGCCAGCCAGGCUCCUGCCAGCAACACCACUGCUGCAGCCAACAUGGCCUCACCAGGAGUCAAUCUGGUCUCCAGCAGUACGGUGGAUUCUUCCACUGGUGGAUCUGGUGGUACGGAGCACGCACAAAUUGACUUUGACACGAUGCUAGAUGAUGGGGACCACUCCAGCCUAAUGUCGGGCACUCUGAGUCCUGGCCUUCUACAGAGUCUGUCCCAGAAUUCCUCACGUCUCACCACCCCCCGCAACUCUGUCACCCUUGCAUCUGUACCGGCAGGGAUUGGCAACAUGGCCAUUGGUGACAUGAACUCUAUGCUCACAGCUUUGGCUGAAGAAAGCAAGUUCCUCAAUUUGAUAAGCUGAGAGCAAUCAAACAUCUUAGCAUCCUUCCAGUCUUAAUCAUUUCUACAUCAGGAAUAUACGGACUAUACAAGAAAGCACUGAUUCAACAAUGCAAAACUGGCUAUUUCAUACAUGUUUUUCUUAAUUGUCCAUAGGGAUACGCUUAUCUUGUAAUAUUUGCUUCAGAUUAUAAUAUGUUACUUUAAAAGAUUUAUAGUAAAAAUAGCUAGGGGCAAGGACAAUUUUCUAUCAUUUUUUGUUAAAAAGCCAUACAUUUUACCUACAAAUAUAUGAUAGUCCAGGGUAUAUAAAUGCAUCUACACACAAUUGCCAUUCAGUAUUUGCUGGUGUAAUAACCCUGCACUGAAAGCAUUUCACAUAGUAUCUUGCGGAGGACAUUGAGGUUAAGUGUCAGAGUUGGACAUUAAAACAGUUACGAGGACAUGAACAAGAAAUGUAAAUAAUAUUUUCUCAUGAAGACCUUUAUGUGUAUAGAUUAUACUGUAUGGUACUUGCUUUAAGUUAUGCUAUAGAAGAUGUUUGAUGCUUAAACUAGGGCUGUCAAAGAUACAGUAACGUAUAUUACUAUUAAUUCAAAAAGAAUGAUACUUUAAUUUUGUCUAAUGGACACAUAGCUUAGAAGGAGAGACAAAACUGCCAAACAUGCAGGUGCUUAAAGCACUGAGGUUGAACAACAAAUGACGCAUGUAAAAAAUGAUACAUGCCUGUUAUGACAAAAACAUUAACUGCUAUUGCAGUUUAUACAGUGUAUGCACUUACUUCAACUACCUUGCAGCAAAAGGACUAAGAAAAGAACUGCUAUUGUAGCAGCUUAUCUUGUGCAUAACUUGUUUUGUACUUCUUUCAAUGACCCCUUUAUGUCAUUAAGGUUAUUGUGAAUCUAAGAAAACAAUUUCUUCAUUAGAGACAAUAAAACUUUCAUACUUUAAUAUGAAAUUAAUGCUGUUCAACCAGAAAUGUUUGGCUAAUUGUAAUUUCCAAAUUCAAGAAUUUGACAGCCCUAGUUUAAACAUAUGGUUGUACAACAUUAUGAUCCACAGAUAUUAAGUGCUUUUUGAUCAUGGUCUGAGCUCUUGGGGAUGGCACUGUAAAAUCAGAUUUCCUUCUUUGCCCUCUGGAUCAGAGGCAUUAACUCUCCAUGGUUCCAUCUCACAAGGGCAAAUGAUUGAAAAGGACAAGGAUAUGCCUCUGUGUUAGUCUAUCAGUGCACAUGAACCCCUGUGCUGAUAAGGAGCAUUCUCUAAAAGAAUAUACAAGUACCUCUGUGUGUUCUCAGUAGAGAUCCAAUCCUAAUUAACACAUUCAUACCAACCCCUCCUCGCUACACCCCAUAUUUCCCUUGGGCUCUGGAUGAACUGCAGAGAGUCCAGGAAGGGACACAGACUUUGAUAAUGAAUCUUGUUUUGGACAGGAAUGGCGAACUAGCCCUGAAAAUUCUCAGUUUUAUUAUGUUUGCUGAAUUUCUAAGUAGCCUUUAAAAAUGUUUGUGUGUAUGCUACCAUUCACUUUUACUAUGCUCAG